AUGGACCUCUCAGGUGGCGUGCCGCCGCCAUUGUUCAGUUUUGGCGCGUUGUUCGGUUCGCGCCAGCCCAGAGAGCCGAACUGGAAAUACGAACCGCCGUCGCUGAAGAGAGAAGAGCCCUUGAAUGUUUCCUUUGACUUUCAAUCCUCAACCCCGCCAGCGAGGUUCCCUUCCGCAGCGAUAGGACCUGCCUCCUAUCCCAUAGAGACGUCGCAUUCGCUAUCCCAACUUUCUACGGAAAACACAACGGAUGUUAAGUCGAGUUUGAUGCAACAGCAUCUCGAAACAUGGGACAGGAAUUUUAGUAAAACCGACUCAGGUACCGCGGCAACCGAUGAGUUGGUCUAUACUGUUACAACAAAAGAAGCACGCGCCACAUAUCCUGCGAACAAGGAGCCAGUGACAGACUCGAGUAUAGAACAGAUUCGCAUCGGCCUCGUGGACAAUACCAGAAAGGAGGAGGAGGAGUUUUCAGCAUCUAAUGACAGUGUGUUCGACUUCGUAUCGAAACGCAACGCUGUGACAGAAGAUAACACAAUGAGUUUGAAGAACGUGUAUCUACAGAAUGAGGAGCUGGAUGCCGUAUCGGAUGCAGAACAAGGCCACAGCGACCAAGUAGACAACUCAUUGGAAACAUGGGCCCGAGACGAUGCAGAAGGCCAUGCUCAGCUUUUCGAGGCCCUCUCAACCGAAGAAGUUGUCUUGGAGACCACAGAAGACCUUUCUUCCGACUUCGUUGUGUGUUUUGAGAAGUUCCGGCAGAUGACUGACGGCACAUCCCCCGAUAUGUUCGAGCAGAAGGAACUCACGGGCAUUGCAACCCGGAAGACAUGGAGAGAGCUCAUGGACAAGAAUCGCUCGCGACCGGACACGUUCCUUGUCAACGCAUACCUGACCUGCUGUCCGUCAGGCUCCGACGCCGGCAGCUUCUGCUUGCUUGUAUUCCAGUAUCUCUCGAAUUCUACCUGGGCCGGAAAAUACACCCUAGGGCUUCUCGGCCAGCCAGCUGUGCGCUUACCUAGCAUUUUCGACUCUGAUGGUCUUCGCUUCCUGGAAAUCCUCGAACAGACGUGCCUGGCUCCAUCCAUGCCGCGCACUACCGCAAUACAUUUGAUCUACAAGAAACUUGCCACACAAAUCCAAAGCCAACCAGUGUCGUCUCCAUCGUCGUAUAAGGUUCGCGCAAAGAUGUACACGUGUGGUUCUCUUUUUGAUCGCGACGCAAGCUUGCGCCUGUUGAUCCGCGGUCUCUGGGAUUCUGCUCACUGGUCAAUGAAGCAUGGUAAAAACUCCCCGUAUCACCAGAACAAGCGCAUAAAGUUGAAAAACAACCAAGGAGAAGUGGCUCCCUACAGUUCUGGAAUGCUCUUGCGCCGGGCGUCCUAUGGGUUGUCCGACCAUCAUCUUGCCCAACGAUUGCGGAAGACAUGGUCGUUGUUGAGCACGGAUUACCAGCAAGCACCACUCCGGCUCAGUAAUUUGAUCGCGGCUUGCGUUCGGAACAAUUCGAUGAUACCCCCUGCUCUGGACUACCUGGAUUUAGUACCACAAUCUCUGCUUCGCGCUUGGAUUGCUGAGUCGUCAGUCACACUUAAGCAAGUUCAGACCAUCCCGCAACCCGGCCAGAAGAGGCGUCCAUAUAUGCAUAUUUGGUUCAAGCUCUUCUACCGUUUAGACAUGCGAAGAAAUGCCGGUUCGGACGAUCAGGCGUCGCUGUGUCAGUUUGCGUUCAGCGCAUUCGUCCGUGCGCAUUUCGAGCACCGCUAUCCGCCUUCCACUCUGAUUAUUGCAUUGCUAUAUGGUUUGCUCGGGCAUGACUCCUUUACUGGAAAGUCAUCAAUCGACCUUUUCGAUUGGAUCGAGUCAUAUACAUUGUUCCUAGCGCAACAGGAGCAAAAGGGAGCCUCCGUCAACGGGAUGCUUGCGAAGCUGAUCUCUGAUCUCGCGAACAAAUCACUACCCAAUCAUGGCGUCCUCGAACUAAUCAUUCCUUACAUCGACGAAUACAAGAGUUUUCAUUCGGUCUCGAACCUACUGGAAAGAAUUUCAAAGAGCGGGACGAGGAUCUCAAAUACUGCAUUCCUUGACAGCUACAUGGAUCGAAUUGUAGAAGAGGUGAGCAAGGAGAACGACUCUACGCGUCUCGGCUACAACCUCAAUGCCUUGAAAAGACUCCUCAACGCGCGGCGUGCUCUGGGUAUUACAACCACACAAGUCGGAGUACGAGUGGAAGAGCUACAAUCUCGCCGCUUUUUCAACCACAUCCUGACCCGCGCGAACGACGCACACAUCGUCCCCCUCGCCUACCGCAAUAUCACCACGGACAUACCUAAGGAAGUGCAGGCCGACCUUAUACAUCAAUUUGCUCACCAAUAUGCUAUGGAUCGCACGCGAAGUUGCCAACAAACCUGGCGCUCCAUCCGCUACCUGUACCUCUACCUCAAAAUACACGAGCUUCCUAUACAACCAACGUUCACGCGCGCCAUCGUCAGCGUGUGUAUCACGCGACCGCUUGCUGAGAAUCGGUUUGUGGCACAGAAGAAGGCGGUCUGGGUGUGUCGGUUGGUAGCGCAGGUGGAAGGCGAGGAGGUCGCGAGGCAGGUAGAGCAGUACUUUUGGGCGUGGCGUGGGGAUCUCAUCCUGAGAGCAAAGCGGGGCUUGAUAGGUCUUGGGGCGUACGAAAGCGCGCAUAUCAGCACGAUGGAGAGACUGGAGUUGCUGUCUUGGAAUACAAGAGUUCGGCACGAACAAGAGGACGAUGUUGAUACCCAGGAACACGGCGCGCUGUAA